AUGUCGUCAAACAAUACAAUUGAAAAUUCCAAAAACACUGAUAUGCUUACUCGAAGUUAUUCAGACCGAAGUAAUGAUCGAAACAGAGAUACCAAUAGUAAUCGAGAGCGAGAUUAUGAUGGAUUGAAGCAACAAUGUGAUAAAGCAAUGCACGAGUUGAUGAUGUUAAAACGGCAACACAGUGAUACAGUUAGGAGAUAUGAUCAAACAAGAAAAGAAUUAGAUUAUUAUCGAGGUCAAAAUCAAGUUAUGAUGAACCAAAUUGAACAGGCUGCUCAAGAAUCAUCUUCAUUGCGUGCCAAAUUAGCUGUUGAAAAACAAAUUUUGGAUAGAUCUCAACAGGAUAUUCCCGAAGAUGAUACGGCAAGUGGGGAUUCACUUAAUGAUCACUUUAUGUCUUAUGAUUCAAGAUUAGAAGAUUAUGAAGCUUUAAGAAAGAGAUAUGAAGACUUACGUACUAAUCAUUCUGCAGCUGUUGAUAAAAUGGAUAUGAUGAAAGAUGAAAUUAAUCAACUUAAAAAACAAUGCAACGAAUUAUUUAAAGAACGAGAUAUAGCUCUUCGAGAAAGAGAUGGGCUGAAACAACAGUGUACAGCUGCAAUUCGUCAAUGGGAUUUAACUCUUCGAGAACGUAAUGAUCUUCAAGAAGCUAUACAAAAAGUUCAACAACAACAUGAGGAAGCUGUUAAGGAAAUGAAAGCAGCUGUUGCUUAUAGUGUAAAAAGUAGCAAGGAACUUAAAGAAUUAAAUAAAGCUCAUGAUGCUGCUGUUAAAGAAUAUAGACUUAUUAUGAGUGAACGUGAUAGUGUGCAUAAUGAACUUGAAAAGCUCUCGGAAGAUUUAUCUCAAGCUUACAAUAAAAAUAAAGCAUUAGAAAAUGAAAUAAAAACUUGUAGAGAAGAAAAAAGACCUCUACUAUUACAUGUCGAAUCCUUAAAGCGUGAAAUAUCAUCAGCAUUACAUGACCGAGAUAAGGCACUUAAAGAAUGUAAUGAUUAUCAAGAAAGAUUUGGAGAAAUAACAGCCAAAAAUGAAUCUCAGAGGGAGUUUAAAAGUCAUUUUGAUUAUGGCUUUAUUAGAGAAAGGGAAAAUCGAAAUAAUUCACGAGAACAAGUAGCUUCUUUAGAUUUAUUUAACUCAUGUCAAAAAGAACGUAUGGAUAAUUUAGAUCAAGCGAAUCAGGAAAUUGAACGUUUAAGAAAAUUAGCUGAUAAAUAUCAUGCAGAAUUAGAUGAGUCAUUGGAAGAAGCAGAAGUGUCUAAAAGACGUCGUGAUUGGGCUUUCAGUGAACGAGAUAAAAUUGUGUUAGAACGUGAAAGUAUACGAACACUUUGUGAUAGUUUAAGAAAACAGCGAGAUGAUGCUGUUAGCAAAUUAGCUCGUGCUAUGAGAGAUUGUGAUGAUAUAAUGAAACAAAAGAGUGAUACUGCUAAGGAACUCAAUGAUCUUAAGGAAAAAAUGGAAGCUCAAUUGGAAAAAGAAGCUCGUUUGUUACAGUUACAAGCAACUGGUCGAUACAGCCAAGACUCUGCCAUUGACACUGAUCUCCAAGAUUGGGACACUGAAAUUUUAAAUAUUGAUUUAGGUGUCCUAGGAUCAAAUGAAAACUUAGGUAUUGAUUUACUAGGUGGUAGAGAUGACCCUUUGUAUCCCAACGAUAAUGCAAUCUAUAUAUCAUCUGUCAAUAAAGGAAGUAUAGCAGCAAGGAAACUAAGAGUAAAUGACUGUAUACUAAGAGUGAACAGUCUUGAUUGUACCUCAAUUAGUAAGCGAUUGGUUUUGGAGACUAUAAGAUCAUUGAGUAGUGCUACAUUAGUCAUAAGACGAAGAAAACCUGCUUCUCCUUCUAGGAGUCUUUUCACUACUCAAUUACAAGUAAAUAAUUAUGAUCAUGGAAUUUCAUUAGAAACUGGUAUAUACAUUAAUAAAAUAACCCCAGGAUCUCUAGCUGCUAAAGAUGGAAAUAUAGAUGUUGGUGAUAGAGUAUUAAGUAUUAAUAAUACUUCAGUAGAUAAUAUAAAAAAUUCAAGAGAAGCUAUGUUAUUACUGCAUGAACCUGGUGAUGUGCUAACUAUUACAACAAUGAAAUCAACUUAUUGUGCUGGAAAUUGUGGUUCUGGACCUAACCGUGAUAUUUAUAAAAAAUAUACUAAUAGUACAACACAAACAGAUAAAUCUAGUUACUCAAGAUAUCAAGAAUCUUAUCAGAAACCUCAAUAUAUUCAAUCCAGAAGAGUGAUACUUGAUGUGCCAGAAAAACCUCACAGAAAUCCUUCGCCUGUCAACAACUCUAUCUCUGAGCGAGAUCAAGAAGAUGCUAUAGCAGAGUUAGAUUCUGUAAUUGAUGCUUUCAGACCUCAUCCUGCACCUACUACUACUAAACAUUCUAGUCGUCAUAGGAAAUCUAAAGAAUUAGAUAAAAAUGGUGGUACUUGGCCAAAAGCAAGAAGUGGUCCUGUGAUUGAACAUGGAACUGGUACAAUACUUCAUCCUCGUAAAAACAAAGAACGAUUACCUUUGUCAGUUCUUUUAAAUAAUCCUCCGUCCUGGUCAUCACAAAAUAAUUCAAAAACUGAUACUUCAUCUAUAGACUUUUCUGUCAGAUCUGGUAAUACAGGAAGAGAUGUAAUGGAGUAUUAUGCUAAAAAAAAAAUUGGUAAGUAUACCAAUAGUGAUACUGAAAGUAAUGCUGGGGAUGGUCCAACAGUAAGACCUGCAUCACAUAUGUAUGGACCACCAUCCACUAGUGCUCAUCAUUUUUUUACACCACAAUAUACUAGAUAUUCUCAACCAUCACCAUCUCAUAGCGGAGAAUCAAUUCUCUAUUGCUUUGAACCUCCUUAUAGUCAUGUGUCACAAUUUCAUCAUAGUCACUCACCAUCGGUUGAUGUACAUUAUAAUAGACAUACAACUAGAUCUCCUCAUCGCAUAAUGAAUAACAUUGGUUAUCGUGGUGAAGACAUGCCUGAAUCAUAUCACAGUUAUGAAGUUGGUACAUUUCCUAGAAAAAGGGAAAAUCCCAGAUUUAGAAUACCUUCCAACCCAAGUGUCACAAGUAAAAGUAGUGGUGGUGCAGGUAUCUCCACAGGAAGCAUUGAUAGAUCUGUAUGUAGUGAAAGGGACAGUCCCAUGCCUACUUUUACAGUAGAAGUUCUUAAUCCUGGACAAAUUACUAUGCCAGCCAAUAAGCGACAGUCAUUACCAGAAUAUGGUUGGACAUCAAAGUAUGUAAAGAAACCAUUAUUAAGAGGUGUAGGAAGUGGUCCAAUAACCGGAGAAUUGAGAUGGAUAACUAUAGAGAAAUCUGUUGAACCACUUGGAAUUCAAAUAUCUUGUGUUGAUAGUGGUGGAGUUUUUGUAUCUACUGUUAGUGAAUCAAGUGUGGCAUCUAAAGUUGGUCUACAAGUUGGUGAUCAAUUACUAGAAGUGUGUGGAAUAAACAUGAGAAGUGCAACUUAUCAGCUAGCUGCAAAUGUUUUACGACAAUGUGGAAACUCAAUUACCAUGCUAGUUCAAUAUAAUCCUGAAAAAUACCAGGAACUAGAAGGUGCUGAAAGUUCAACUAGUAGUCGUUCAGAAACACCAACACCAUGUAACUCACCUACUGUUAAUAGAAAAGCUAUUGCUGGUUCAGUUAUAACUCACGGUAUGGCUACAUUAACUCGCCGAAAGAGUGAUCGAAAUUCAGAUCGAAGUUUGAGAGCUUAUGAGCCACGUUAUUUCAUUAUGGAAACAAGAAAAUGUAGUAAUUUGGGAAUAAGUCUGGUUGGUGGAAAUGCAGUCGGAAUCUUUGUACAUAGUGUGACUGUGAAUUCAUUGGCAUAUGGUGCAGGUUUACGUACUGGUGAUCGUAUUCUUGAAUAUAAUGGAACAGAUUUAAGAGAAGCAACAGCUGAAGAAGCAGCUUAUGAAUUAGCUAAGCCAGCUGAAAAAGUCACAGUUCUUGCUCAAUAUUCGAUUGACAAAUAUAAUGAAAUCAAAGAUAAGCCUGGUGAUAGCUUUUUCAUACGAGUACUAUUUGACCGAACAAUUGAUUUAGUUGAUUUACCUAAUAACACUUCUCAAUUACAAUUUCAUAAAGAUGAUGUUCUUUAUGUGGAUAAUACAAUGUUUAAUGGAGUUCCGGGAAAUUGGAGAGCUUGGUUCGUUGAUCACAAUGGUUAUAAGCAACAAUGUGGAAUUAUACCUAGCAAAUAUAAAGUUGAAGAAGAACUUUUAAUUAGACGUAGUGGCAGUGAGUUAGAAGGUGAUGCAAGACGUGCUACAAGACGUAGUUUCUUCAGGCGUAAAAAGCACCAACGUAGCAAUUCCAAGGAAUUGGCUAGUUUUUCAAAUAUUAACUUGGGAUGGUAUAGUAGUGACUCUGGUACUUUACAUGAUGACUCUCUUGUUAUUGCUUCUUACCAAAGAGUAAUCAGAUUAAAUUCUGAACCAAGCAUUCGUCCUGUGAUGGUAGUUGGACCUCUUGCAGAUUGCGUAACUGAUAAAUUAAUAGCAGAUUUUCCAGAUUUAUUCAUGCGUUAUAUACCAGAAGCUAAACACUGUUCUCAAGCAUCAAUGGAAAAAGGAGUUGCUGAUAGUCUGUUCAUAGAUUAUCGGAAAAAAGGGUCGGUUUAUGAAUGUGUUUCUGUCUCUGGACUUAAAGAGGCUUGUAGCAAAAAUUGUCAUUGUAUAAUUGACAUUGGUCUUACUAGUGUAGAAAGGCUUCAUCGUCAUCAUAUAUAUCCUAUUGUUUUAUUAAUUAAGUUUAAAUCUACUAAACAAGUAAAAGAAGCUAAAGAUUCAAGAUCAUCUCAUGAUAAAAUUUCUGCUAAAGCAGCUAAAGAAAUGUAUGAACAUGCGUUAAAGUUAGAGUCUGAAUAUCGACACUAUAUUUCUGCCAUUAUACCAGCUGGAGUUAAUGUGGCUUAUAUGUGUACACAAAUUAAAGCGGCAGUCGAUUUAGAACAAAGUAAAACACUUUGGGUUCCUUCACCAACACCACUUUAAAAAUAAAGUCUUCCACGAUUCAUUGUUCCGUCCAAAAAAAAUUAGUUUAAUUAUCAUUAUUAUUAUUUUUUAUUAUUAUUAUUAUUAUUGAUAUUAUUGCUAUUUAACUAAUCUGGGUAAUAAUAUUAAAUUAUAUAUUGUAUUACCCUUAUACAUUGGUUGGUUGUUGGUCUUUUUUAUGUUAAUUUUGUUUUGUGUUGCUUGUAACAAAUUUAAUGCAUAACGCAUUAUAAACAGUACUUAGUGAUAUAAUACACAUUUAC